AGAAAAUGAUAACGUUUUUGAAAAAAAAAUAAUUAUUCGAAUUUUCGGCAAGGGAAAUAGUUAUUGAAAUAAUUCGAUUGAAAUUAUAAAUGGGACAUUUCUUUCAUUGAAGAAAGGGAGUAAUUCCAAUCCGGUACCUCCGGAUUCUUAAAAACAUGAUGUACGUACCUUGAGCAGUUCAUAAUUUUUUCACGAACUGUAGUCAUGCAAAACAUUUAUGUUCUUCUUUAAAAAAUACUGUAGUUUCAAUGUUUCUCUUAAAAUCUUUAUCCUGGUUUUAUUUCUUUUUUUCUCAGUAAAUUUCUAUCUAUUUUACAAACUCAUAUGGCUCGUGGGAUAUGUUCCAAAUACUGCUCCUGUGUUGGCUGUGCAGAAAAAUGUAGAAAAAGGUUCAAACCAUGGAGAAAAUAUAGCAAAAAAGCAAUGUGUCGUAUCAAAUCUCACCACACUCUAUCAUAAUAGAAUAACGCAGCUAAAACGCGAAUUGAGUGAUUUUUUUCAAAAAACACCGAAUUCUGCUGAAUUGCCAAAAAGGUUUAAUCAAUUCAAGGAAACAUUAAUUCGAAGUAAUCCCAGCAAUGAGGCAAUCGAACAAAUUUAUUUUACCAAUGGGCAGCUCAUCAAAGUCUUGAAAACUGCAACUUUACUGAAAGCUUCUAAUUCAGGAAGAGGAUCUCAACUUAAGCUCUUACUUCAGCUAUCGAAUAACAUAACUGCGAUUUUCAAACCAAAAUGGUAUCGUACCAAUGAAGUUAUCAACGGAUCCGUUUACUCUGGUAAAGAUCGACAUUAUGGAGAGGUUGUGGCUUUUUAUUUAUCGAUACUUUUCGAUUUUAAGAAAGUCCCGGUGGCAGCUAUCAGAAAGUUGAACAUAAACGAAUUAUUGCUUGUAUCAGAUCAAGCUCUUUUGGAAACUUUCAUUUCAAAAAAUAAUUACACCUGUUUUUAUGGAGUUUGCCAUUACUGCAGUCCAUCAGACUUAUUGUGUUCCGAAUCGAAUAUUUUAGAGGGAACUGCAAUCAUAUUCGUGUCUUUUGACAAUAAAUUGAAAUUGAUUAGACAUCCUUGGGGUAGAACCUACAAAUGUAAAUCAUUGGCAAAGUGGGAAACUGAUAAUAAGUACUGUACUUAUGUCCGCAAUUCAAAAUUUUAUUCCAAGAAACAGAAUGCAGCUUUAUUUUUUGAUCUCGUCGACGCAUCGAUAUUUGAUUUUUUGAUAGACAACGGAGAUCGUCAUCAUUACGAGUACGUUGAAAGUAGCGGUGUACCACGAAUGAUUUUUUUCGAUAAUGGCAAAAGUUUUGGCAAUCCCUACGUUGACCAUAUCGACAUCUUAGCGCCGUUGUAUCAAUGCUGUUUACUUCGAAAUUCAACGUGGAAUACUUUGUUACAUUUAAGAGGAGGAAAUUUAUCAUACUGGCUUCGUAAACUUAUGGCAGCUGAUCCUGAUCUCGUCAUUGAUGAAAAACAUUUUAUUGCUCUCGAAAGAAGACUUUUACUCAUUUUUACUGUUUUAAAAGAUUGUUUUAAGAGAAAAGGAAUGCAAAAUGUGAUUUUAAAUUAGGUACUAAUUGCUAAUUGUAAUUUUUUAAAUAAAUAAGAAUUUCGUAAAGUAUUCUAACCGAGUACCUAAUGUUGAUAAGGUGUAAAUUAUCAUGUUUUUUAAAUUUUGAUAUCUGUUGCUCCAGUUUUUCAUUUUUCUUAUAUGAUUUAGUAAAGUGAUUUUUUUAUUAAA